AUGGCUCCCCGCAAUUCAACAUCUUACUGGCUCAGGAUAGAGCGCGAUCAGCGUUCCCUGCUCGCGGUUCACGCGGCAUUGGUGUCCUUUCACUGCAUCCCCGAAGAUCCUCAACUUCGCAAGGCGUGGCUGAUUGCGAUCAAGAGACGACCUCCGUUCAACAUCAGAACAGCCCGUGUAUGCUCAAACCACUUUAAAGACAAUGACUUUUUAGUGAACAUUGCUAGUGGACGUAGAUUACUGCGCGAUGGAGCAGUACCAUCAGUCUUUCCAUUCAAGAAGCAGUGCAAGGCCAGAAAGCCGCCGAGGACACGGUCUGUCCCGGGGAAUGAAUCUCCACUUCGCACCAUUUUUCCUGAAAACUGUCCGGCACCAGAGGACAGAGAAAAUGAAAACCCUGUGCAAGACGACAACACGGAAUCAGUCAGUUAUGCUGCAUCUGAACCCACAGAUGACAGUACAGAGUCGGAAAAGGACAGGCAGAUCCAUCAACUUUAUGAGGAGUUGAGAGCCGCGAGAGACAAAAUUGUGACUCUGGAAAGAAGGGUUGACCUGCUCACAGAGAAGUGCAGACAGCUGGAGCGUGCGUCAGCUGAAUUUUCUUUGAACAAGUACAAGGACAACAAUGAUGACUUCCAAUUUUACACCGGCUUGCCCUCUUACUACAUCUUCAAGCAGCUACUUGAUUAUUUACAGCCUCACUCCACAAGUGCAAAUGACGAAAUGUCAAACGACUCAAGCCGAGAAAUGGGCCGCCCUGCAGUGCUCACAACGGAGAACCAACUCUUCUUGGUUCUUGUCUACCUUAGGCUUGGCCUUUUCCAGAAAGAUGUUGGACAUAGAUUCAACAUUCAUCAAAGCACUGUUAGUAGGAUAGUAAAUGAGUGGAUAAACAUUUCAUAUCUUCGGUUGGGAGAGCUGCCACUGUGGCCUUCACGAGAAGUUGUUGAUAGGUACAUGCCAGAGGAAUUUAAACUGAAGUAUCCAAAGACCAGAGUCAUUAUCGAUGCAACGGAGAUCAAAUGCGAGGUGCCGAGUUCGUUCGUACUUCAGUCAGAGACAUAUUCCAACUACAAGUCAAGCAACACACUCAAGGGUCUGGUUGGAGUGUCUCCUGACGGAACACUGACAUUUGUUUCUGCUCUCAGUACAGGCUGCAUAUCCGACAAGGAGUUGGUCAAACGUAGUGGGUUUCUUUCUCUGCCAUUUAACUUUGGUGACGUCGUAAUGGCUGAUAAAGGGUUCGUUAUCAAGGACCUCCUGGAACCUAUUGGCGUACACCUAAAUAUGCCCCCAUUCCUGAGAGAUGGACAGUUCUCGGAAGAAGACGUCAUGGAAACAGAGAUGAUUGCCUCCCUUCGCAUUCAUGUAGAAAGACGGAUUCAAAGGAUAAAAAGUUUCCACAUAUUUGACCGGAGAAUUCCGAUAACACUUGCACCACUUGCUAAUCAGAUAUGGACAGUCUGUGCUAUAUUGACAAACUUUCAGUCACCCCUGAUUAAGUCUUCCAGACCUGCUUCUAUGACUUGA